CUGGAAGUCCAGUGCCUCAGUUGGAGCCCUCCCCUUCAGUGACAAUAGAAGGGUGCAGUGAGUUUGAAAUUCUCACCGGAGAUCAUCCAAAUGCAGACCAAUCUCAACUGCAAUUGAAUUUUCCGUCAUUUUAAACAGCAGAUGCCAACGCACUGAAAGCUUUGUGACGUCAAAGGGGCCCUUAGUUUGUCACUGCAUUCAAUGUCAUGUUAGAGUAAGCACUCUAAAUACAUAAAACUUCUUUUCAUUACAAACCACAAACACAAGAUUCAUUGAACAGGCUUCUAAAUGCACACAACUUCCUAGGAGAACGAUUUUGACAUUUUCUAGUGUUUAAGGGCUUAUUCCACUUCUUUUGCUUGCAUAUAAGGUAUAUUCAUGGUGUGGUUUUAUGUACUUUGUAUGAUCAUCAACGUCAGUUUAAAUGGCAUCAAUUAUGACUAGCUUACCAGAAUAUCGCAUUCCAAUUUGGUGUGUUAGUCUGAACAUAUUGUAAGGCACACAGAGUAGUAGCAAGUCUAAUCAAAGCACUACCGGGGUGGGGAUAUAGGAUGAUGACCGGAGAAAAUGCUGUCUAUAAAACCCUCAUAGCUCUUUUGAUGUAAGUGCGCCCAUUGCAAAUAGAUUCAUAUUCAGGUAUUUACUUCCAUAAUCAUCGAUAAUCUUAGUGGAAUGGCUACAAAUGUAUGCCAAAACAUGUGCUUGGCUUAUCUCCUUGUUUUGUCCAUCUGGAUUUCACAUGCCCGCUGUCGCCCUCUCAAUGAGGAACACAUGCUGAAGAGGCAUGAAGAAUGGAUGGCUAUGCAUGGCCGCGUCUACACAGACUCAGCCGAGCACGAGAAACGCUUUGCAAUAUUUAAGGAAAACGUUGAACGUAUCGAUGCUUUUAAUAACGGUGCGGAGAAAGGAUAUAAGCUAGGUGUAAACAAAUUUGCAGACUUAACUAAUGAGGAAUUCCAUUCCCUACACACUGGUUACAAACGCCAGUCUUUUGAAUUGAUGUCAAAUUCAAAACCCGCAAAUUUCCGCCAUGGAAAUGUAACCGCUGCGCCUACUGUUGUGGACUGGAGGAAAAAGGGUGCCGUGACCUCUGUCAAGGAUCAAGGCUCAUGCGGAUGUUGUUGGGCGUUUUCAGCAGUAGCGGCUAUAGAAGGCAUAACAGCACUCAAGAAAGGGAAGUUAAUUUCAUUGUCAGAGCAGCAACUUGUGGACAAUGGUGAAAAUGAAGGAUGUGAGGGUGGCUUUAUGGACACUGCCUUUCAGUUCAUCAAAAGUAUCCAUGGCCUAACAUCAGAAGCUAACUACCCUUACCAGGGAUCGGAAGGAGCUUGCAGAAAGAAGGAAGCAAAUCCUGCGGCAACUAUAACCGGCUACGAAGAUGUACCGCCUAAUAACGAAAAGGCCUUGUUACAAGCAGUGGCCAACCAACCAGUUUCUGUUGCUAUAGAAGGAAGUGGAUGGUCUUUCCAGUUUUACAAGAGCGGGGUCUUCUCCGGGGAGUGUGACACUUACCUUGACAAUGCUGUCACGUUGGUUGGGUACGGAACCAACUCGGAUGGUACCAAGUACUGGUUGGCGAAGAAUUCGUGGGGUACUGACUGGGGUGAGAAAGGGUAUAUGAAGCUCGAGAGGGAUGUUGCUGCCAAGGAAGGCCUUUGUGGCGUUGCCAUGAAAGCUUCUUACCCACUUGCAUGAAAGAAGAAAAUAUUAUUGGAAUACUGUUAUAUUACAACCUGUCAAUACCAAUAUCAGGUUAUUUGUCUGAAGGUGUAAAACUAUUGUAAAAUUUGUGUUAUGGUAGCUACGCUUCCUGUAGGAAACUGUAAAAAAAAUUCAGCAAUAAAGUGUUUGAUUUGAUGA